AUGAUUCCUGGACACGUGGAUGAAUUGAAGGAACACUUCCGGUUGGUACACAAUUUGAACACCAGCAAAGCAGCCGCUCAACCUUUCCUUUGUUCAGAAUGUGGUUCACUGUACCAGAGGUAUCCUUCUGUUGAUCAACAGCAUGCGGCAGCUGUUCAAAUCGUAAAAUUAGUUCCACAACUUAGUAAUACGCGAGUCACACCAACUGCUCCUGAUGAGUCAUUUUUCUUUUGGCGCAACGGAGGCAAGGAAAAGGGUGCUCAUACUGGCAUGAUAUUUCAUCGCAUCCGGAAUGUCAUCAAACAGCUACCUGCAGGAAAACAUAAAUAUAAUCGAGGAACUAUGCCUGUAGAAGAGUCCGUUUCAACUGAACUUGUAGAGCGGGCUCAAUUGCUCCGAGUAAUGCUUGCAUCGGCAUCAGUAGCAGAACAUAUUUGUGAUGAAAUGGACCGAUGCUUUCCAGUCCUCAAACUGUUAUUAAAAGAAAAGAAACCCGUUAAUGAUAUCUUGGAUAUGUUUCCACACCUGUGUUCAUAUGAAGGAUUGGUGAUUCGUCAAAUGUUUGAGAGAUUGUAUCCUAACAGAACAGAAGGUCUCAAAAUCGAGGAUGUCUUCUCUCAGUGUCUAUCUUAUUCACCGUCCAGAUUCUCUAGAGUAGAAGAUGAUCACAUUCGAGGAUGCUUGAGAAUAAUUUCUCAUAUGCCAAUUCGCGGACAAAAAAGAACGCUGGUAGGCUGUCCAACUGUAGGCGAAGAACAUUCGGCUUCAAUUUUAAUUCGUUGGAUUGGGGAGUGCUUAGAUACAUACGUGGCAUCCCCCGCAACUGAUUCCAAACUACACAUGGUGUGCGUAGCAAGCCCGAUGAAAAGAGGAAAUUAUGCCGUCAUUUGUGAGAAAAAAGUUAUAUUCGAGACUAACAAUUCUAUUCAUGCAGUGGAAAUUUUAUUCAAAUGCUACGCAGUUCUCGGAGUGGAGGUGCCACCUAAUUUUAGAAUGUUUUGGGACUUUCUGGCAUGUGCCAUAUAUAAUAUAAUUCCGCACAGUCAGAGGACAACUGUGAAUAGACUCGUCCAAACUUUUAUUGAAGUUUCCCGCGCACGUAUUGACAACAAAUAAAAGGACAACUUUUUUAUACA